CACUUCCUCCUGUGGUGGUGAACUAAUCUAGUACAAACCGGUUUACAGUGAGAGUGAAACCUUCAGCAGCUUCUGUUUAGUGAAGAGAAGAUCAUAAACAGAGAGAGAAAAGCUCAGAGGAUUCGGUCUAAUCUGAAGGAGGAGCCAUGACCUCCAAAAUGAGCUUCUCUGAGGAGCAGCACUCACAGAAAGCUGAGAGACUGGUUCACGGUCAAAGAUCUGACUUACCUGAACCCAGCUGUGUGUCCAUGAAGAGUGACCGGUUAAUGGACAAAGAUAUGAACUUCAGAGAGGAUAACAGUUCAUCUGAGCUCAGCUAUGAGUCCAUGAAGAGUGAUCAGUCAAUGGGUGUUCCACUAACCCUCAGAGAGGAGGACAGAUCUACUGAUCUGAGAGUCCAGAAGAACUCAGAUAUUACCAGGAGAAACAUGGAGAUCAUAUUCAAGGAGCUGGAGCACAAAGUCAUCUCUCUGGUGAAGAAUCAGCUGAAGAGGUUUGUGAAGCUGCUGAGUCUGGAUUACCCAGCAUGCUCUGAGAGAGAGGUGGAGGAUGAGGAGAAUCAGAGCAGUGUCAGAGAGGGGGCGCUGGAGAUCACACUGACCGUCCUGAGGAACAUGAACCAGACUGACCUUGCUAACACACUACAGAGCAAAAUGGCUCCCUCUUGUCAUCAAAAGCUGAAAUCAACACUGAAGGAAAAAUUUCAGAAAAUUAAUGAAGGAAUCUCAAAUUCUGGAACCUCAACCCUUCUGAAUGAAAUCUACACAGAGCUCUAUGUCACAGAGGGAGGGAGUGGAGAGGUCAAUAAUGAACAUGAGGUCAGACAGAUUGAAACAGCAUCCAGAAGACCAGCAACACAGGAGAAACCCAUCAAAUGUAAUGGCCUUUUUAAAGAUAAUUCCAUCAGAGCUGUGCUGACUAAAGGAGUUGCUGGAAUUGGAAAAACAGUGUCUGUGCAGAAGUUCAUUCUGGACUGGGCUGAAGGAAAAGCAAAUCAGGACGUCCUCUUCAUAUUUCCACUUCCUUUGAGAGAGCUGAACUUGAUGAAGGAGAAAAAUCUCAGUCUGGUGGAUCUUCUUCAUAUUUUUUUCUCAGAAACAAAAGAACUGAAACCAAGAGACUAUCAUCACUACAAAGUCAUGUUCAUCUUUGAUGGUCUGGAUGAGUGUCGACUUCCUCUAGAUUUCCAGAACAAUGAGAGCUUAUUUGAUGUAACACAGUCAGCCUCAGUAGAUGUGUUGCUGACAAACCUCAUCAAGGGGAAUCUGCUUCCUUCUGCUCUCUUCUGGAUAACUACUCGACCAGCAGCAGCCAAUCAGAUCCCUCCUGAGUGUGUUGACCAGGUAACAGAGGUACGAGGGUUCAGUGACCCUCAGAAAGAGGAGUACUUCAGGAAGAGGAUCAGUGACCAGAGCCUGGCCAAUAAAAUCAUCUCCCACAUGAAGUCCUCAAGAAGCCUCUACAUCAUGUGCCACAUCCCAGUCUUCUGCUGGAUUGCAGCCACUGUUCUAGAGAGAGUGUUGGGUGAAGCAGAGAGUGGAGAGAUCCCCAAGACUCUGACUCAAAUGUUCACACACUUCCUGAUCUUUCAGAUCAAACACAAGGACCAAAAGUACCAUGGGAAAUGUGACACUGAUCCUCAGCAGACUAGAGAGAGUAUUCUGGCACUGGGAAAACUGGCUUUCGAACAGCUGGAGAAAGGCAAUCUGAUCUUCUAUGAGGAAGACCUGAGACAGUGUGGCAUUGAUGUCAGAGAAGUGUCAGUAUACUCAGGAGUUUGUACCCAGAUCUUCAGAGAGGAGUUUGGGCUGCACCUGGGGAAGGUGUUCAGCUUUGUGCACCUGAGUGUUCAGGAGUUUCUGGCUGCUUUAUAUGCAUUUAUGUACUUCAUUUCCUACAACAGAAAUGUCCUCUUAACAGGUUUAUUUGGUUUACUCAGAAAGUCAACAAUGUUAGAUUUUCACAAAUCUGCAGUGAACAAGGCCUUACAGAGUGAGAAUGGAUGCCUGGACCUUUUCCUCUGCUUCCUUCUGGGUCUCUCACUGGAGUCCAAUCAGACUCUCUUACGAGGCCUACUGACACAGACAGGAAGCAGCUCUCACAGCAAAGAGGAAACAGUCCAGUACAUCAAGGAGAAGAUCAGGGAGAAUCCCUCUCCAGAGAAAACAAUCAGUCUGUUCCACUGUCUGAAUGAACUGAAUGAUCAUUCUCUGGUGCAGGAAGUCCAAUCAUACCUGAAGAGAGGAGGUUCCAGUGGACUCAGUGGAGCUAAACUCUCUCCUGCUCAGUGGUCAGCUGUGGCGUUUGUGAUACUGAAUUCAGAGGAGCUGGAUGAGUUUGACCUGAGAAAAUAUGAUCCAUCAGAGAAAUGUCUUCUGAGGCUGCUGCCAGUGGUCAAAGCAUCCCGAAAAGCUGUACUAGUUGGCUGUAAUCUCACAACAGCAUCUUGUGAAAAGCUAUCAUCAGCUCUACAAUCAGUGAACUCCUCCCUGAAAGAGCUGGACCUCAGUAACAAUGACCUGCAGGAUUCAGGAGUGGAGCUGCUGUCUGCUGGACUGAAGAGUUCACACUGUAAACUGGAGACACUCAGAUUAUCUGGUUGUAUGAUAACAGGUAAAGGCUGUUAUUCUCUGGCUUCAGCUUUGAAAUCAAACCCUUCCCACCUGAGAGAACUGGAUCUCACCUAUAAUUAUCCAGGAGAGUCUGGAGUAGAGCUAUUCUCUGACCUACUGGAGGAUCCACACUGCACACUGGAGAAACUACAGGUGGAUCAUGGAGGGAAGAUCAGGAUGAAACCACGACUGAAAAAAUAUGCUGUUGAUCUCACUCUGGAUCCAAACACAGUGAACAGUCAUCUCUCUCUGUCUGAGAGGAACAGAAAGGUGGAGAAUGUGGGAGAAGAUCAGUCGUAUCCAGAUCAUCCAGACAGAUUUGAUGGCUGGUAUCAGGUUCUGAGUGUGGAGAGUCUGACUGGACGCUGUUACUGGGAGGUUCAGUGGAGCGGAGACGGAGCUGAUAUAUCAGUAUCAUACAGAGGAAUCAGGAGGAAAGGAGACAGUUAUGACUGUGGGUUUGGAUACAAUAAUCAGUCAUGGAGUCUGAACUGCUAUAAUAACAGAUACUCUGUCAGACACAAUAAUCAGAGAACAGUCCUACCUGCCCCCCCCCUGCCUUCUAACAGAGUAGGAGUGUAUCUGGACUGGGGGUCCGGCACUCUGUCCUUCUACACCAUCUCCCCUAACACAGACACACUGACCCACUUACACACAUUCACCACCACAUUCACUGAACCGCUCUACGCUGGAUUUUAUAUUUAUAAAACCUCCUCAAUGAGUCUAUGUGAAAUAGAAUAACCUCUACACACAGAGAGAGAGAGUGAGAGAGAGAGGCAGAGACACAGAGAGAGAUGGAGAGCAGGUUGAAAAAAGCUUAUCAGUUUAUCAAUUUGAUCUCACACUGAAAAUAAGAGAGGAAUCAAACCUAUUUGUCUUUUAAAUAAAAACAGUAUAAAAAUAAC